AUGCUUUGCAAGGUGUGUCGUGAGGUCUUCCAAGGCAUCUGGGAUACACCUGAUAUCAGGAAAGUCUGCCGAGUUGACGAAUAUUUCGGCCCUGAUUUUCUAGAGCCUCUUGGGCUGUGCGAUCGCGACUUCAGCCGCCCAGAUACCUUCAUGUUUGGGCAUCAUGCAACUUCCGAGUCCUUCCAGAAGUCAGUGCGAGAGGGCUGUUCCAUAUGUUAUAACAGUCUCAACCUCAACCUUGGUACCUCUACUGGAGAUGAGGCCACUUGGGAGGUAAUACACAAUUGGCUGCACGAUUGCCUUGAUAAUCAUGAACGCUGCAACCAGCCAACAAGCUACAUUCCACCUCGUCUACUUCGGCUAGAAAAGCCUACUGGUACAUUCCAUAUAAUAAAUGGGAAUGUCAUUACACCAGGGGCUCAAUACGUCACUUUGUCACAUUCUUUUACUCGAAGCAACUUCCAGCUCACGGAGUCGACAUUAGCCUCCCUGUCCGAACCGCAGUCUUUAUCAGCUCUUCCUUUAGUCUACCGUGAUGCAUUUACGAUAGUGGAUAGACUGGGUCUCUCCUACCUUUGGAUUGACCAGCUCUGUGUUCUGCAAGAUAAUCAAUCCGACCAAUCAUUGAACGCAAAUGAAACUAGUCGCAUCUUCUCUCGGGCACUUCUUGGUAUUUGCGCUGUGGGUUCCACGGAUCCCUAUUCUGGGCUUUUCACUGGACGUGACCCAGAUCUCAUAAUUCCAACCAUACUCAAACUUCCUUUCGGCGGUCUUGAGACGACUUCAUAUAUUCUUGAGACAGAUAAGGAUUUGGUUGGUGCUCAUGCAUUUCACAAAGAACCAGCAUCUACAAACCCACAAGUUUUCAGGCAACGCCUCCUCUCGCCACGGAUGGUUCAUUUUGGUCAACGGCUUGUCUACUGGGAAUGCUAUGGCGCAAUAUGCGAUGAAGUCAACCCUAGUGGUUGGUCUACUCCCGUGGGGUUUUCCAUGGGCCGUGAAAAGGAGACCGCUGAUGAUCACACCUCCGUAAUCGACAGUUGGAAGCCCCUCAUGGGUGUGCAGUUUCCGGUCAAGCACAACCAUAUUGAUCAGAUCUUCACGCGUUGGUUCCACCUCCUACGUGAAUAUUCACGCUGUGCUGUGGCAUCAUCAGACGAGAAAAUACAGAAUAUCCAGUUUGUGGCAGAGAAUAUGAAGCGUUUGUUACAAGUGCGUGGGUGUAAUGAUACCACAUACCUCGCGGGAAUGUGGAGGCUGAUGCUGCCCAAGGGAUUGAUAUGGAGUGUAUCCGGUGAGGGAACGCGACCAGCCGUAUCUCAGGUGCCGUCUUGGAGUUGGGCAUCCGUGGAUGGUAUUAUUGACUUUCACAUCAGGUGUCCGACAGAUGCUAACACUGGGCUUUUCUGUGAGCUUGUAAAAGUGGGCAUGAGUUUAUCUGCCGAGGGCUUGCUUCACGGUGCAAUCACCCUGAUAGGGAAACUGGUCCUUGCAAAUCCGAUGACUCAUGCCGGGAACGGGGAUGAAGAGACGCUGCGCACAGUUGCUACUUAUCCAGGUCAAACGUUUGACUACGCCGGUGGAGGUCAUUGUGGAACAGUCUUGUUUGAUACGAAGAAGGAUGUUGCUGGGGAAGUCUUCUGUUUUCCUAUUUCGGGAACUUGGAGUACACCAGACACAUACUGGUUUAGCGGACUUGCUCUAUCUCGGUUGAGUGAUGCGACUUAUAUUCGGUGCGGUGUGUGGACGUUUGCGGGAACGAAGAGAGAGGAUGCUCUCAGGUUUUUUCAUAAUCUACCACCGGAGCAAGAGAUCAAAAUCGUCUAG